UUUUUUUAUGGCAGUUUGAUUUAGUUUGUUAAAUAUAUCCUAAUUUAUUGCAAUCAGUUUUAUUAUUCAUUGUUAUCCUUUAAUUUUGUUAACCAUCUUCAAAUUGUGAUAUUAAAUAAUGGCCUCUCAAGGACCAUCCUAUGGAUUAAGUCGAGAGCUUUUGCUUAAGGCUCAAGCUAAGUUCGACGUUGAAUUGGCUAAUCAAGCACUAAACUGGAUCCAAGCUGUGACCAAUGCGCCUGUUAAUCUAAAUAACAAUGAGGAUGACAACAAUAACAAUUCAGCAGGAAUCAAAGAUCAGUUUGAAUUUGCUGAAGCUCUCAAGGACGGUAUAGCUCUAUGCAAUUUAAUCAAUGCUUUGGCUCCUGGUUCAAUAUCUAAGGUUAACAAGCUAAAAACUCCGUUCAAAGAGCGAGAAAACAUUGAGCUUUUCCUGAAAGCCUGUGAAACUUAUGGUCUUCGGAAUCAUGAUUUAUUUCAAGUAAAUGAUUUGUAUGAACGUAAAAACCUUUAUAUGGUUGUCAAUUGUCUUCACUCACUUGGUGGUUUGGCUCAAAAAAAGGGUUAUGAUGGACCAGUAAUUGGAGUUAAAUUUGCCGAGGAAAACAAACGUGAAUUUGACGAGGAAACUUUGAAAAAAGGAAAGUCAAUUAUUGGGUUACAAUCAGGAUCAAAUGGUGGAGCAUCACAAGCUAAAAUGACUCCUUAUGGGGCAACCAGACAAAUUAUUCCUAGUUGAUCGACUAAUCAUGAGCAUCAACGAUAAAUUUGAUACGUGAAAACAUUGUUGAAGAUCCAAGUUGAUAUUGGUCUUGUCCAUGGUAUUAUCAUAAAAAACAUCUUUAUUUUUUUUCUUUUGAUAUGUUACUUGAAUAAAUUAAAAAAUUAAAUAUCUUCUUCAAUCAAGAGCUGUUCAAGAAAACAGGAUUUCACAUUAAAAGUUGAAAUGUAACCCUUAAACCCUCAUUUCAUUAAAGAAAUAAAGUUUCCAAGUAAACUAA